UUGGCCAAACACAGAAUUGAUAGUGUGUUUUCAUGGCAAUCUGGAUAAGGUUGUAGAGUUGGGGGACAAGCUCUACACAUCAUUGCGGGAAAGUAAGUCCAUCAGUGGGAGGUCUGAACUGCUGUGUGUUCCAGAUUUGCCCAAAAGGUUCAUCAUUGAUGAACAGGAAUUUGAGUUUGAGUAUGGUGACUAUGUUUCUGGUGACGUUGAUGUGGUUGAGGGGCAGCUUGUUGAUGCAGGUGUGUACACCAGUCUCAGGAAUGGUUUGGGAAAGAUGUGUAGCAAAUAUGACACAUGCUUUCUGACUGUGAGUGGCAGCACAUGUGCUAUCAUUGGUCGAGAUGGGCAGUAUGCAGUUGUUGACUCCCAUGCACGCGCUGCAGAUGGCAUGGUAGAUGAAAGCGGGUUUAGUGUUGUUGUGUAUUUUAGUUGCCUUGACCGUGUGUUUGAUCACAUUUGCAAAUUUGCCAGUGCAAUGAUCAUUCCAAAGCUGUUUGAGAUUGCUGGUGUUUGUGUCACUCACAAAAGUCAAAGUGCAAAUGAGGAAAGUAGAGAGGUUGAGUUUGGUUCUAGCUUACCUUUUCAGCCAGCACUUAAAGUGUCGGCUGAACAGGUAACACUUGACAGCAGCAAAAGUCAGACAGGUGUGAAACGCAAUAUUUCAGUGGGUGAUCGUGCAUCCAAAAAGUUGAAAAACAGGGAUGUUAAUGCAGUUAAUUCAGAUGUUUUGUUUGUCAGUGAUGUGACAAGUAAAAGACUUGAGUUUAAUCCGCUGCGUAGUGAUGUUGCACAAGCUUUGUGCAAACAGUUGAAUGUGGAGUUGGAGAAAGUUGAUCUGGUCUUGACAGAGGUUGGUGCGUUAGGGGCUCCUUGUAGGAAUGAGCAAAUAGUUGGUGAUGGUAAUUGUUUCUUUAGAGCGGUUAGUCAAGCUGUGUGUGGCACACAGAAGAAUCAUAGAAGAAUUAGAUUAGCUGUGUUUAAGCAGUUACGGGCCAAUCCUCUUGCAUAUACUUUGCGUCGUGAGUAUUCGUCAAUGGCAGAUUAUCUGAGUAGAUCGCAAAUGCAAUACGUUGGUACUUGGGCCACUGAGGUAGAGAUUCAAGCAGCAGCAGAUUGUUUAGGAGUGAAUAUUUUCACGUAUUGUGGUGAUCGCUGGCUUGAAUACAGUUGCAAGAAUAGGCAGUUGUCCAAUCAGGCAGUGUAUUUACAGAAUUGUAACGGUAACCAUUAUGAGAACGUGAUUUGUGUUAUGCAGCCUCAGAUGCAGAUUUGUUAUCGGUACUGCAAAGUGAGUGCGUCUCGUUCUGGAGGUUACAAUUUUAGACGGCAAAGUAGAGAGCGUAGUGUUUGUACUGAGAGUUCAAGUCCAGUUGUUACUUCAGAUUAUGUAGCUGAAGGGGUUAUCGAUAUUGAAGAUAAUGUCGUAGAACAGAAGCAUAGUACUGUGUCUACGCAUGAGCACACUUCAUUUACAUUUAAGUCAAUGUCAGUAAUGUUAAUUCUUCUAACUAUUUGAAAAGUAAAAAGAACUUAAAAAGCAAAAGAAAAUACUAGGAAAAUGAUUUGUAUAAGGAGGAAGUCAAGGAAAUUGGUAAAGUGAAAUAUAAGACAAAUGUAUUGCUUAGGAAGAAAGUCAUUGAAAAGAAUAAACAGAAAUAUAAGGAAAAUGUAGAAU